AUGUUAGAGCAGUUACUGAUAUUUACAAGAGGAGGAUUGAUCCUCUGGACUUGUAAGGAGCUUGGAAAUGCUCUUAAGGGAUCGCCGAUUGACACCUUGAUCCGAUCCUGCCUCUUGGAGGAGCGAUCCGGUGCAGCAUCAUACAACUAUGAUGCUCCCGGUGCGGCCUACACCCUCAAAUGGACCUUCCACAAUGAACUCGGCCUCGUGUUUGUUGCCGUGUAUCAGCGGAUCCUCCAUUUGUUGUAUGUGGAUGAUUUGCUUGCUAUGCUAAAGCGGGAGUUUUCAGUGAUUUAUGAUCCAAAGCGGACAGCCUAUGAUGAUUUUGAUGAGACUUUUAGGCAGCUUAGGAUGGAGGCAGAGGCGAGGGCAGAGGAAUUGAAGAAAUCAAAGCCGGUGGCCAAGCCUGUGAACAAUAGUAAGAAGCAAGGGCAAGUGCAGAAGGUAGGAUUUGAAGGGGGGAAUAAAAAAAAGGGGGGCAGUGGUCCAGGAAGUGAUGGUGGGGACGGCAAUGGUCGGAAAAUGGAAAAUGGACAUGCUAAUGGUAAUACUGACGAAACUAAGGUUGCACUUGUUGCUAAUGGUAAAGAGAAUGCUAGUUCAAAUAUUGGGGCUUUUGAUGUAAAUAAACUUCAGAAGUUAAGAGCUAAAGGUGGAAAAAAACCAGAUACUGUUGUUAACAAGGGAUCCAAAGUGGAUCCCAAUAAAAAGAUAACAAAGAAGAAUAGAGUUUGGGAUGUUUCGCCUACGGAGUCAAAAUUGGAUUUCACUGAUCCAGCAGAUCAGAAUGGGGAUGAGAAUGCAGUGAUUGUGGCAGCAGAUGAAGGUGAGAGUAUGAUGGAUAAAGAAGAGAUUGUCAGCAGUGAAAGUGAGACAGAGGAAGAUGAGGAAAUGGAGAAAGACAGCAAGAUGGAGACCAAAAAGAAGGGAUGGUUUUCCGCUAUGUUCCAAAGUAUUGCAGGGAAGUCAAAUCUGGAGAAGGCAGACCUUGAACCAGCUUUGAAGGCUCUGAAGGAUAGACUCAUGACCAAGAAUGUGGCUGAGGAGAUAGCUGAGAAGCUUUGUGAAUCUGUAGCAGCAAGUCUUGAAGGGAAGAAGCUAGCCUCAUUUACAAGGGUGUCCUCAACAGUACAGGCAGCCAUGGAAGAGGCUCUUGUUCGUAUUCUGACUCCUAGACGCUCCAUUGACAUACUGAGGGAUGUGCAUGCUGCCAAGGAACAGAGGAAACCAUAUGUCGUGGUUUUUGUUGGUGUCAAUGGAGUUGGAAAGUCCACCAAUCUUGCCAAGGUUGCCUACUGGCUUCUGCAGCACAAUGUAAGUGUUAUGAUGGCUGCUUGUGAUACAUUCCGGUCAGGAGCUGUUGAGCAGUUGCGAACACAUGCACGCAGACUCCAGAUCCCUAUAUUUGAGAAGGGAUACGAGAAAGAUCCUGCUAUUGUAGCAAAGGAAGCAAUCCAGGAGGCCACUCGCAAUGGUUCUGAUGUGGUUCUUGUUGACACAGCUGGUCGAAUGCAGGAUAAUGAACCUUUGAUGCGAGCACUUUCAAAACUAGUCAACCUCAACAAUCCAGACCUGGUCCUGUUUGUUGGAGAGGCACUGGUUGGGAAUGAUGCUGUGGAUCAGCUAUCAAAAUUCAAUCAGAAAUUAGCUGAUCUCUCAACCUCACCAAAUUCUCAAUUGAUAGAUGGAAUCCUGCUCACUAAGUUUGAUACAAUUGAUGAUAAGGUUGGAGCAGCACUGUCGAUGGUGUAUAUAUCAGGAGCACCAGUGAUGUUCGUUGGAUGUGGGCAGUCAUAUACAGACCUGAAGAAACUGAACGUGAAAUCCAUUGUGAAGACGCUUCUGAAAUAAGAGUGUGGUUUGCAGGUUGAGUUUGUAAUUGGGUUGUUAUCCUUUGUCACACUAUAUCUCUGCUUGUGCUACAUUUCUGUGUUGCUGUUAUGACUUGGUUAUUUUGAUAAUGAUGAAGGCGAAUCAGCUGCAUGCGCUGUGACAUUAAGUUA